AGUGGGGUAGACCACAUGAUGUUUCUUCAGUCUUUCUCUUGGUUCUUAGCUACUUUGUCUCGGUCCAUCUCAGUCUGCACACCAAGUCAGGACCAGUUUGACAACUUAGAAAAACACACGCAAUGGGGUAUUGAUGUUCUGGAAAAAUACAUCAAGUUUGUAAAAGAAAGAACAGAAAUUGAACUCAGCUAUGCAAAGCAGCUUAGGAAUCUUUCAAAGAAAUACCAACCCAAAAAGAACUCCAAAGAAGAGGAAGAAUACAGGUACACAUCAACUAGAGCCUUCCUAGCCACUUUAAAUGAAAUGAACGACUAUGCCGGACAGCAUGAGGUCAUUUCAGAGAACAUGACCUCUCUUAUCACUGGAGAGUUAACACGCUAUGUGCAGGAGCUGAAACAAGAGAGGAAAUCGCACUUCCAUGAUGGCAGAAAGGCACAACAACAUCUUGAAACUUGCUGGAAACAACUUGAAGCAAGUAAAAGGCGGUUUGAACGUGAUUGCAAAGAAGCUGAUCGAGCACAGCAGUAUUUUGAGAAAAUGGAUGCUGACAUCAAUGUUACAAAAGCAGAUGUUGAAAAGGCGAGACAGCAAGCCCAGCUGCGACAUCAAAUGGCAGAAGAGAGCAAAGCGGAAUAUUCUUCCACUCUACAGAAGUUCAACAGUGAGCAACAUGAUCAUUACUACACACACAUACCAAACAUCUUCCAGAAAAUACAAGAGAUGGAGGAAAGAAGGAUCGUGAGGAUAGGUGAGUCCAUGAAGACUUUCGCAGAGGUCGACCGCCAAGUGAUCCCUAUCAUCGGGAAGUGUCUGGAUGAGAUAACAAAGGCUGCAGAAUCAAUUGAUCACAAGAACGAUUCACAGCUGGUAAUAGAAGCCUUUAAAUCAGGGUUCGAGCCUCCGGGAGAUGUCGAAUUUGAGGACUUCACGCAGCCAAUGAAGCGGACUGUCUCAGAAUCCAGCCUUUCCAAUUCCAGAGGGGAUGGGAAGUCUGAGCCGAAGUUUGGUGGCAAAUCGAAGGGCAAGUUAUGGCCAUUCAUCAAGAAAAAUAAGCUUAUGUCCCUUUUAACAUCCCCCCAUCAGCCCCCUCCUCCUCCCCCUGCCUCUGCCUCACCCUCUGCUGUUCCCAACGGCCCCCAGUCUCCCAAGCAGCAAAAGGAACCCCUCUCCCAUCGCUUCAACGAGUUCAUGACCUCCAAACCCAAAAUCCACUGCUUCAGGAGCCUAAAGCGCGGGCUUUCUCUCAAGCUGGGAGCAGGGCCAGAAGACUUCAGCAAUCUCCCACCUGAGCAAAGAAGAAAGAAACUUCAGCAAAAAGUUGAUGAACUAAACAAAGACAUUCAGAAGGAGAUGGAUCAAAGAGAUGCCUUAACAAAAAUGAAAGAUGUGUAUAUCAAGAACCCACAGAUGGGAGAUGCAGCGAGCGUGGACCACAGAUUAGCAGAGCUUGGGCAGAACAUUGAAAAGUUACGAUUAGAAGUUCAGAAAUUUGAGGGCUGGCUGGCUGAGGUAGAAGGCAGGUUACCCAUGCGGACUGAACAGGCCCGGCGGCAGAGCGGACUCUAUGAAGCCCAGAACACUUCAGCAGUGAACAGCUGUGCGCAGGACCGGGAGAGCAGCCCAGAUGGCAGUUACACAGAAGAGCAAAGUCAGGAGACUGAGAUGAAAGUACCAGCCACAGAUUUUGACGAUGAAUUUGAUGAUGAAGAACCACUACCCACCAUAGGAACAUGUAAAGCGCUCUAUACAUUUGAAGGUCAGAAUGAAGGAACAAUUUCUGUAGCAGAAGGAGAAAUGCUCUAUGUAAUAGAAGAAGACAAAGGUGAUGGGUGGACACGAAUCCGAAGGAACGAAGAUGAGGAGGGCUAUGUCCCUACAUCAUAUGUUGAAGUCUAUUUGGACAAAAAUGCCAAAGAUUCCUAAAGGUGUUUGUGCUGGUGCAAGAACCUCGGGGCGAGCUUGUCACAGAAGGAGAAACAAAAUGGUCUGUUUACCCUGCAGGCAGUUAAAACACCCAUGGAAAGCCAGACUCCCAGUCUUGUCUGGAGUUCCCACUUGAAAAAUUGAGACCUAAAUUCCAUCCCAGCACCAUUCAGAUACUUGCUUCUUUUCAUGGCAUGCUACUUGUGGCUCAGAUUAACUUACCAGCCUUUCCCACUCUCCUGCCAGCUUGGCGCAGCCCCUCCGUAAAAUGUAACCAACACUUUCCCCCCACCCAGUUCCUCCCAACAUCAGUCAAAGAACCGCUGGCUGCUCUUUGCAAAGGGUAACCAGAGUGUCCCACGCAUGUACUGGUCUGUCUUCUGUCCUCCCUUGUCCCUCAGUCCAUCUGAAUGUAUGCACUGGUCCAUCAGCGUUUCACACAGUGCCUUUAGUGCUAAUCCUGCAGGUAGUCUCAUGAGAUAGCUUGGAGAGGAGGUGCGUACGCGUGGAGAGCCUCCCCUGGGAACAGUGUUACAGCAGCUGGACUGGGCUCUGAAUUUGUGGAUAUUAAAUUUGAUCCAUGUGCAUUAUUCAAUAUUCUGCUUUCCCCAAAAGGUCACUAAUACUUGUCAGCCUUUAUUUUUUAAAUCUAGGCUGAUGCUCAUUCCAAGUAUUAAAUCCCUAUGACCUUGCUGUUUCCUGAAAGCCUUCAAGCUCACGUAUGUACGCUUGUUUUCCUGCUUGUUCUCUCUGCCCCCUCCUCUUUAUUCCCCGCUCCUCUCUCCCUCCUCUUUCUCACACACACACAGACACACACACACACAGAGACACUGGCAUUUUGGUUUGAAGCCCCGUUUUGCUUGUCACAAAGACCUCCGUUUUGCUCUCGUUUCAGUCUGCAUGCUCGCCCUGUUGCCUUGCCUGCGCCCACCUUCCUGAGGGUCACGUUAUUUUGUGGCUCAUUGUUGUUAAUCUCUUUGCAGUUUUCUUUUGUUGGUUUGUUUUUCAGCAUUUUGGACCUGCCUUCUCCUUUUGCAUGAGCCCUUGUGAGUUCUCAUCAGUUAAUGUUUGAAUAACAGAAUUUUUUUAGAAAAAUAAAAGUAAAAAAGCAACCGCAUUCUAUUUCCUUCUCCCACCUUGUCAUGGACUGGACCUCGACCCAGAAGCCAGACAGGAAUUGCGACCAUCCUGUUUUCAUAUGGUUUUAUUCGGAGCAAAAGUAGCAUGAUAAGUGAUGCUGCACUUUAUCAUGUCACACAGCAGAGAGAGCGAGCUAUAAUAUCUCCAAACAUCAGAAAUCUAGACCUCAACUGCCUAAGAAAGGGUCAGUUGCUUUCUAAACUUUUAUAUUCUGUUGGUUUCCUCUGAACCUUUACCAUUGCUAGGGUUUUAUAGCCAUCUUGUACAUGUUUGAGCCCAGGAAGAGUCAGCUGAUACUUAAUAGCUCCUGAGGGCCUAAUUUAUUCAUAGAUCAACAUGUCAUUUGGGGAAAUCUACUUGCUCUUAGGGAAAAUCCAUCCUUUGUAAAAUCCCCAGCAUUUGAGAACUGAUACGAUUCUGUGAAAGGGAAGCCACUACAGCAGUGACCCUAAAAUGAAACCACUCAGGUUUAGUUUGCAAACGAUUGCGUUGUUUUGUUGCCUGCUGUGCUUUUAUGCAGGGUCAGCGUAUAGAAACGUGUCCAAGAGUCGAGUGCUCUCCAUGUUGGGGACUGCCUCGGUCAUCCCCACUCAGGAUGAAGUAACUUUUGAGUAAGGUUACAUGUUGUGUCCGUAACUCUGUCCCUUUCUCCCCAUUCAAGAUACCAACUUUUAUUUUUAAUAGCACAAAGUCCCUCAGUCCUACAGUUCUUACUGUAGCUGUUGUAUUAUGGUGCUUAAUAUCUGCAAGCAUCAACCAGCAAAAGGUUAUGUUUUUUUAAUCUAAUUCAAGUGGCUCAGGAGCCUGCAUUGAGAAGCAGGCGAUACCAGCGCUGAGGCUGUUCAGCUCCAGCGUCAGCGGUGCCGGAAGGGUCAUCAUCAGUUCAAUUAACCAUCCUUAUCAUUGCUGCUACUGUGGUCACUUAACUGUUUAGAUCCAUGAGCCUCCGAUAGCAGAACGUGAUCCACACGGUUGGCACCUGUGGCUUUGCACAAAGAUUUGUGCAAAGGCUUUGUGGCAUCCAUCUAUCGGGAUCUAAACGGUUAAGCAGUUAAUGGGUGUGCAAAGAUAUCUUUAAAAUACUUUUAGCUGCAGUGUUUUUAUUCUCAUGUCCAAUGCACUGUUGAAUCAGUAGCUAGGAGAAUUCAUUUUCACCUAUUGUCGUGCCAUCUAUGUAAAAAUUAGAUAAAAGUUUGCUUUUAUAUAUUUAACCUAGGUGGACAGUAUAUUAUUGUCAGCCUCUGUGGAACUUUUGAACAAUUGCAAUGUCCGUGUUGCUAAAUAGCGCUUUAGAAGGAGCAUUAGCUUUAGCUGACUGAUUUUCUUCAAAAGGUUUAUUAUUAGAAGACCAUGUAUGGAGUUUUUAUAAACUUGGCAACUAAUUCCCAAAAGCCUGGAUCUUAAAACUUACUGCAAAGAAAAAAUAGCCACAGUCAUGUAUUGUAGCCUACACAUCUUUAUUCCGCUGCCUUUAUUCAGGGUAACGAAUGAGUAAUUUUUGUAGAAUUUACCUUUUGCAAAAUCUGAAGGACUAAAUAUGUGACUGGUUUAUAAAAACUCUGCCUGAAUUUACUAAUGUUGCCCAAAGCGAGGGCUGUACGUCCUACGAAAUCUCAUUAUCCCCAGCAGAAGCCUCUAAUGCCCUUUCUUAACACCUGUAAAUAGAAGAAAUGUAUUUACUGAUACUGAGUUGUGUUUAAUGCUGAGUAUUUUUCAGAAGUUCAUUUAGUUUGAUGCAUAUUGUUCUUUGUUUUCCUGCCUGAAGUGUUAAAAGACCUAAAAGAAGCCAAAUUCUAUUUUAACAUAAUGAUGUCGAGCACUUUUUUAUUUGUAUAUGUGUGUGUAUGUGUGUUUGAGCACUGAUCUCUAGAUUUUGGUGGCAUCUCAGUGUUGUGAUUUCAUUGCCAGUGUAAAAGGUUCUGGUGUUGCCCAUUCAUUUCUGGAGACAGAAUUCAACCAAAUAAAGUGCUUCCAUUUGAAAGCGAA